AUGAAAGAAGCUCAAAAGUGGGCUAUAUCCAGAGGAGAAUCAGAAACUGGAAGUGAUUUAAGUGAAGGAGAGUAUACGUCCAAGUGCGACGCUGUAUUAGAAGGCCGGGUUGCUGUGACGCUCAUGCACCAGCCCACGGCACGUGUAGGCUCCUCACACGGGCACCGGAACAAAUCUCUAGAUUUUGAAAAUUGCGGAAACUCCGUUGGGAGUGGAAGACCCAGGUGGGAUCGUCGUCAAGUUGAACCUCCGGAGCUCCUUAAUGGUGGAACUCGUCUUGUUUACCUACUUGUCCAAGUUGUGAGAAAUGGAUCAGGGAAGUAUGGUAAUGGUGGAUCCGGGAAGUAUGGUAAUGUUGGAUCCGGGAAGUAUGGUAAUGGUGGAUCAGGGAAGUAUGGUAAAGGUGGAUCAGAGAAGCAAGGGAAGUAUGGUAAUGGUGGAUCAGGGAGGUAUGGUAAUGGUGGAUCAAGAAAGUAUGGUAAUGGUGGAUCAGGGAAGUAUGGUAAUGGUGGAUCAAGGAAGUAUGGUAAUGGUGGAUCAGGGAAGUAUGAUGCAAUUGAUGCUCAUAACGGUGUAUUUAAUUGUUACUUUACUGACUCCCGCUAA